GUUCCGCUAUGUGGACAUGGCCUCCUCCUCCGCUGCCAUACAUUUCCAAUGAGCUGCCACUCACUGGGACACAGCCUGUAGCUCCGUCCGAGCCACCUUCCCUGAAGGAUUUGGGGGGAGGUGAAGUUUACAGCGGUACUUUCGGGUACUAACGGGAAGGAGAACAAUAAUGCCACCCUUCUUGUGGCCAGAGCCGCUGUCAGCCGCUCAGCUGAAGCGGCUGGAGGAGCAUAAAUACAGCGCUUCGGGUCGGUCCCUCUUCGAGCCUCCGUGUCAGAUCUACUGGAACUGGCUCGUUCAGCAAAUCCCCACUUGGGUCGCACCAAAUACGCUGACUAUUGUCGGACUGGCGAUCAAUAUCCUCUCCACGGUGGUGCUUGUGUAUUACUGUCCCACGGCAACAGAAGAGGCUCCAUCAUGGGCGUUCCUCAUGUCCGCUCUGGGCCUCUUCAUCUACCAGUCUCUGGACGCCAUCGAUGGAAAACAGGCCCGGAGGACCAACAGCAGCUCGCCGCUCGGCGAGCUCUUCGACCACGGCUGUGACGCCGUGUCCACAGUCUUUGUGGCUGUGGGAACCUGCAUAUCCUGCGGAAUCGGACGGUAUCCAAACUGGAUCUUCUUCUGCGGUUUCAUCGGGAUGUUCAUGUUUUUCUGCGCUCACUGGCAGACCUACGUGUCCGGCACACUCCGGUUCGGCCUCGUCGACGUGACGGAGGUGCAGUUCGCCAUCAUCAUCAUGUACCUGAUGUCUGCGUUCGGAGGAGUGAGCCUCUGGCAAACCACGUUGCCCGUCAUCGGACUGCAGCUCAUCGUCUUCCCAAUCAUCGGCAUUGUGGGCGGCGCCCUCUACUCCUGCUACAACUACUUCCACGUCAUUUUGAACGGGGGCGUCGGUAAAAACGGCUCCACCGUGGCUGACACCAGCGUGCUGAGUCCCGGCCUGCACAUCGGCCUCAUCCUCACGCUGGCCUUCAUCAUCUUCAAGAAGUCGUCCAGCCAUCUCUUCGAGCACCACCCGUGUUUGUACCUCCUGGCCUUCGGCCUGGUCAUCGCCAAGAUCUCCAACAAGCUGGUGAUAGCGCACAUGACCAAGAGCGAGCUCAGCCUCCCCGACACGGCUUUCAUCGGGCCCGGCCUCCUCUUCCUCAACCAGUACUUCAACAGCUUCAUCGACGAGCACAUCGUCCUCUGGAUAGCGAUGGUGCUGUCCCUUGUGGACCUGUCGCGGUACUGCACGGGCGUCUGCCUCCAGAUCGCCUCCCACCUGCGCAUCCGGGUCUUCAGCAUCACGCCGCAGAGCCACGCCCACCGCGACUGACGGCUUGCCCGGCGGGAGGAGGCGGGGGGGGACGCAGAUCUCGCCCCGCUCCUGAAAGCAGACGACGACGAGGAGAAACCCUCGACCCCGAGCCACUGCAGCCUGGACAAAGUCACCACCUCUGACUGAAACUGCCCCAACAACUCCAAACUAACAAACAAACAAACAAAAAAAAAACAACUAACUCAAAAAAUAACCACAAAAUGCACGAAGUUUCCUUUAAAAUCCUGAUUCAGUGCAUGUUGUCAGAAGAAUGCAUUUUAUACAAAAGAGGAACACAAAUGUUUGAAUUGGUGUUUUUAUAGCUUGGGCAGAUAUCAAAAACUUUUUUUAUGUGCUUUAAAACUUUAAAGAGAUUAUCAUAUAUUUACUUAACACAAAUAUACGACAAUCACCUUUAAUGUUUUGAUGUGUGCCCGAGGUAAACAAAAGUUUUCUUUAUCAGUUUAUUUAUUGAAUCUUAAUCUAAUCAGGGUUUAAAAAGAAAAAUAACGAAGACGACCUUUAAAACCUCAAUCGAUUUCCAAUGAAGUUUCAAUGUGGGCUGUCAGGCUGUGGACGACCUGUGCGAAGGGUAGUGGGGUUGUUGGUGCUGAAACUUUGUUUUUUUUUUUUUUUUUAAACCAUCUUUACUGGAAAAUCCAGAUAAAAAAAAAAAAAAAAAACUCCAGGCUGAGCGCCUUCGACUGAUGAAGCGUCAAUAACCGACUCGUUCUGCUUUCUCUGUUCUUCUCCCUGAAGGGCUAAAAACUUAAUUCUGUGUGAUUGUACAGAAAUGAACUGAAGACGCCUUAAGAUAUUUUCUCCUGUAAUUACUGUUGUUAAUAUUUAAAGCAACUUUGUAUUAUUUUUUUUUUUUACUUCGGUAUAAAACCACACACAAUAGUAAUAAAAGCUACUGGAAGGUUUUGUUUUUUUUCCACUGUUCACACAUAUGAAGUUUCUCACUUGUUUUCUAUUGUAUGUAUCAGUGAAUCAUUUGGGUAUUGAAGAUUUGUUGCAUUAUCAGUUAUUGUACCUUGAUUUAAUCAGCACCACUCAUGAUUGAGGUUAAUUUGGAUUUAAAGGGAUUUUCCUGCAGAGUCUGUAGAGGUUUUGAACACAAAGGGUACUUUUGAUUUUGUUUGAGUGACUCUCUUCCCCCUCAGGUCUCGUUUUCUGCAGGAUUAACGGACACGGCGGAGGGGCGUGUCCUUCAUUUUCACCACUUAUGGAGAGACUUUGGAACUAUGCAUUUGGAGAAAAAAAAAAAAAAAAUGCGACUCUGAUUUCCAACACUUU